CAAUCAGCUCCGAGGACGCGGACAAUCCCGUGCCGUUCGAACGGAGAAUCGCGGCCGCACGACAACGCAAUCUCCGAAUCCCAAUCGUGUACCGGUUGGGCGACUGGAUUCAGCGGCAAUCUGUCGGAGAUCCCAAGCCCGCGGCGACCGCGGGAAGCUUCGAAUCUCCCUUGAUUGCUGUUCGAAUCUUCUUCUCCUUCGAUUGCCGUCCGUCCGGACCUUUCGAACGGCGGCCCCUCGCUCUAUAAAGGGAAGGAUCGCUUCGAUCUCGUCGUUUCGUCGGCUUCUCGGGCGCGAUUCAUGAGGGGUGGGAUUCGGCGGCGGCUAUGGGCGCCGUUGUCGAUCGUCGGCUGGUUGCUGGGGCUGAGCGCCGUCCUCUCGAGGUCGGAGAGCUCGGAGGUGUCGGUGCCUGGGCCGUGGGACAGGGGAUUGACGCGCUUGCCCGUGAGAUCGCUCAAGUCGAUUCAACCAAAUCAUGACACUGCCCUAGUUGCCGCCCUAGAUGGGACAAUACAUUUGGUGGACAGCGACUCUAGGAAGGUGAUCUGGUCAGUCACGUCAGGACCUCCCAUCCACUCUUCAUAUCACGCUCCAAUCAACAAAGAUAAUGAGAAUGAAAGUUCUUCUGGACCCAGCAGUGGUUACUUUAUAGACUGUGGUGAUGAUGACUGGGAGCUGUAUAUACACAACGAGCACUUUGGUAAAAUGAAGCUGGGGAUGAACAUUGACGAAUUCGUAAAAAAUACACCAUUGGUUUCAGAGGAUGGAUCAGUUACACUUGGAUCUCGGAAAAGCACGGUGUUUGAAGUCGAUGCUUUGACCGGAAGAGUCAUACGUACUUAUGGUUUAUCGGAUUUUCCAUCUACCUCACCAAAUGAUAUAGAACAGACUGCUUUACAAGAUAAAAUUGCCAAUGAUUUGGCGGAAUCUAACUCUGAUACUGCUCAGCCGCGCCUGAAGAUUAUGAGGACAGACUAUUCUUUGCAAUCAUUUGCUGCAACAUCCAACAAAGUAUUGUGGAAUGUGUCCGUGGCUGAAAUAGGGGCCGCUUUACUUUGUCGAGGUGAUGAUAAUUCUUUCAGUGGAUCUUCCGUCAACUCAAGACAUCAACUUGGUCUGGAAUCUGGAAAUUCCAUUACAAUGCCACUUUCUUGUCAAUCAAGAGCUAUUGUCUACCGAUUUCGCAAACGUGAUGUGUAUGAUACAUUUUCUAGGCCUCAGCUUCAUGAUGGGAGGAAACUUCCAUCUCCUAGUCCAAAACAACAACUACUACCUUCCCAGGAUGAAAUCAAUCCAUCAUUGAACUUUCAGCUUGAAAAUCCUUCUUCAGAGCUCAUGCUUCCGCCACUAACGAAGAUAGACAAUAUGUUCAACUCGCAUGAUGGUAAAGCUGCUGGGGUUAUAUUGCCAUUGCCUGCACCGGAGAUCCACGAUACGGUAGUUGUUCGUUCGGAUAACAAUGCAACCGUUUAUGCUGAUGGUUCACGUAAUACGUCUUCUGAGUGGUCAGCGACUUUAUAUGUUAUAUUAGUGGUCUUUAUGGCGGCUGUUGGUUUGAUCGUCCGCCGUUUUUUUCGAGUACCAAAAGAACAGGCUAAGCAGGCUGGCGAUUCUAGUUUGAAAACACCUUCCAAGCGGAAGAAAAUGCGCAAGUAUGGGAAGGGUAAUGGAAGUCCGGACAGAAAGGAGAAUCAUGUCUCUUCAGAAAAUGAAGGCAGGCUUGACAAUAGUAGGAGCAAUGAUGACGCAUGGAUGAAGCUCAAUAACCUUCUUGAUGGUGGCAAUGCAGGGCGUAGAAUCGGAAAACUCCUCGUACUAAGUACAGAAAUUGCUAAAGGAAGUAAUGGGACCAUUGUCCUUGAGGGCAUCUAUGAAGGUCGACCUGUUGCGGUGAAACGCCUUGUCCAGUCUCAUCAUGAUGUUGCCUUGAAAGAGAUUCAGAAUUUGAUAGCAUCUGACCGACAUGCAAAUAUUGUUCGGUGGUAUGGAGUGGAGUAUGACCAAGAUUUCGUGUAUCUUGCUCUAGAACGCUGUACUUGCAGCUUAGAUGAUUUAAUUCAAGUACAGUCAGAUGCUUCAAAUAAUUCUGUCUUCCCAAAUGAUCCAGCAUCGAUGGUUGAAUAUAAAAUCAAAUUGGAUUCAGUUAGGGGUAUGGUGGAAGAUGUUAAUUUGUGGAGGGCAGAUGGACAUCCCUCACCUUUGUUACUGAAACUGAUGAGGGAUGUGGUAUCAGGACUUGUCCAUCUGCAUGACUUGGGAAUAAUUCAUCGGGACUUAAAGCCCCAAAAUGUCUUGAUUACAAAGAAUCGAUCAUUAUGUGCUAAGCUAUCUGAUAUGGGCAUUAGUAAACGCCUUCAUGGAGAUACAUCUUCCUUGGGAUAUCAUGCCACUGGUUGUGGAAGCUCAGGAUGGCAGGCACCUGAACAGCUUCUUCAUGGGCGCCAAACACGCACAGUAGAUGUGUUCAGUUUAGGAUGUGUCUUGUUCUUUUGCAUCACUGGUGGAAGGCAUCCAUUUGGUGAACGUCUGGAACGUGACAUCAAUAUUGUGAAGAAUAAAAUGGACUUGUUCUUGGUCGAAUUCAUACCAGAAGCUGUGGAUCUAUUUUCGCAUUUACUAAACCCAAAUCCUGAAUUGAGGCCAAAAGCAUUGGAGGUGCUUCACCAUCCAUUAUUUUGGAGUUCGGAGAUGAGACUGUCCUUUCUUCGUGAUGUCAGCGAUAGAGUAGAGUUGGAAGAUAGGGCACUCAAUUCUGAUCUUCUGAAAGCAAUAGAGAGCACUGCACCAAUGGUUUUCGGUGGGAAAUGGGAUGAGAAAAUAGAACCUGAAUUUAUGGCUGACAUAGGCAGAUUUAGGCGCUACAACUAUAGUUGUGUCAGAGACUUAUUGCGAGUCGUGCGUAAUAAGUUGAGCCACUACAGAGAACUUCCUGAAAGAGUCCAGGAGCUCCUCGGACCAGUUCCUGAGGGUUACGACAAUUACUUCGCUAAGCGAUUCCCGAGACUCUUGAUUGAGUCAUACAAGGUGGUGUCCAAGUUCUGCAAAGACGAGGAAUGCUUUCAGAAGUACUUUCGAAGUGAUGAGCUUUGACCAUCUGGCCACUCCACCGGUGAUCAAAAUGGGCUCAUUUGCAAGGUAAGUUUGCAAUGAUGCAAGUGGAUGGUGGGAGCAGAUAGCCUGUACAAAAAGCAUGUAAAAUAGUGUGUGUCAGUAUAGUAUGUAUAUGCAACAAACUCGUAUAAUUAACUAAAUGAACAUUCUCUGAAUAUUUCA